AUGGCCUGCCCUCCGUCAUAUCGCGAGCUUGCUCCUCCUUUACCAAGCAUCAAGAUCCACGCCGGCGAACACUACGACAUACCCUUUGGCCGCACCGGCGCGAUGCCCAUCCCCGGCAUUGAGCCUCGCCACUAUGUUCCUCCGGCUCUGCCUCCUCCGCCCGAGCCAUUUGCUGAGCACCGCCGUGCCGAGGAUAUCAAGAGAGAGCGUCGUGGUUACGCCAGCAACUACGGCAGCAUCAGCUCGUCCUGUUCCGACCAGCGACCUAGCCUCAAGCGCCGAGACACUGGGAGUACGACUGGUGACGAAGGGUACGCCAGCUAUGCAUCUACGAACCGCUCCCGCGAGGCCUUUCCCACUGAGUUUGUCGCCCUGCAGCAUAACAAUUUCAGCUUCAAGUCCGCCGCCGAAUGCCACGGCGACAGCAUGAAGGCCAAGCUCGACUGCCUGCGACCGCUGGACCGAUCACCAUCUCGCUCCAUGCUCAGCGACGCAGCACACAGAGAAGCUCGCCUUCCACCUCCCGCUAACCAUACCCUUCAGCUUGCCAUUCAUAGCCGUGAGCGUGGACUGUCAGACUCUCGUGAGUCCUCCUUCUCCAACUAUCGUCACUACGACCGGUCACCCCAAGACGGUUCCGAAAUCGACUACUCAUCGCCACGCACCCGCUCCCGCCGCAACACUGGCGAUGAAACCAACGCCAUCCACGGGUCCUAUGACUACCACGCCACCGAAGAUAUGGAAAUGGAGGAGACCAGUUCUUUGAAGCGGCUGUACAUUGACGAGCCGCACUUGGGCGCCGGUCAGAAGCGCAGAGCCCCAAGCCCUCCUGAUGAGUACGCUGCCCAUGGCCCUGUUGGCGUCGCCGAAGCGAUGCGUCGCCGCGAAGGCGGUGUUCGUUCCUCCUCAGCCGGUCGCCUUGCUACAAUUCCCCAGGGCUCUUCCCUCGCCUCCGCUGCUAGUUCCCGAGCCAACUCAUACCUGUCGACUCUCUCAAUCCCUCCUUCCCAGAGCAGUAUAGGUGGCUUUGGUCACCGAUCGCCUAGCGGCAUUUCCCCUAACGGUGUCUCGCCCUCCAACUCCCACUCGCCUUACACCACUGCAAUAUCGCCCAACCCCAGCCCUCGUGGCUCCAUCUCGCGUGGCUCCGUCCAUAGCAGGGCACCGUCGUCAGCCAGCAGUCCUCGCAAGGUUGGCGAGCCUGGCAAGGCUGCCGUUACAAAGUUGCAGGGGUUUUAUAUGUGCGAAUGCUGUCCCAAGAAACCUAAGAAGUUUGACUCGGCGGAAGAGCUAGCUGCGCACGAAGCAGAGAAGCAGUACGAAUGCAACUACUGUGGCAACCGUUUCAAGAAUAAGAACGAGGCAGAACGCCACCAGAAUUCGCUGCAUGUCCGACGCCACAGCUGGUCUUGCUCGGCCCUUUCAGGCUAUGACCGCGCCUUUCAUGAGUCGACGAACCGGCCAGGGGAGGCUGACGUUUGUGGCUACUGUGGCGAGGAAUUUGCUCGCACAGGUGUCACUCCUGGCACUGGCGCCCUCAGUGGCGGCGUGCUCCCGAAACGCCCUACCGACAAUGACUGGGACGAACGUAUUCGCCACUUACAGGAGGUGCACAAAUUUAGAGAAUGCAACUCGUCCAAGAAGUUUUACCGUGCCGAUCAUUUCCGUCAGCAUCUCAAGCACAGCCACGCUGGCACCAGCGGCAAAUGGACAAACAUGCUCGAGAAUGCGUGCCUCAUGGACGAGGAUCCGGCGCAGCCAGGCGGCCGAAACUAG